AUGGGAAGAGGGAUCUCCUAUGAUCAGUCUAGAGCGAAUGUUUCAUCUUCAGAGAUCUAUGACCUGUUUGUGACAUUAACACUAUUACUUGAAGAUGUCAAAGCCGGUACACAGAUUCUUCCUAGUCAGUUCUUAAAAGCUAAUGGCGUCAAUAAAUUUUGGAAGAAUAUAACUAUUUUGGCUGAAAACAAAGCUGAGUUGUCAGGAUAUCUUUUGUCAGGAGGUGGAACCAUUGCUUUGGAAAAUGGUGGGCGUGGUGAAGCUAAUGACAUAAAAGCUAGGUGA